CCACUUGAGCGCCCCCGCUUCAACUCCACACUGAAGCCUCCAUGUUGCACGGGGACUGUGGCGGCGUAGAACUGUUCGAUAAAAGUCGGGGUUAACUAUUAUCGUGUGCAAAGAGGCGCACCAUUUCAGGACGGUAGACUUUCGACUCUUUACGCGCCUCAGCCUCAUAUCUUGGCCGACCGCUAACGACCGCUCGUUGCUAACUGGACUUCAGCUAAGUAAUUCAACGUUACUGUUGUUGUUUAUACCGAGUUUGUCGCUGCCUCGAUACAUGUCAGGUCCAGGCAUGGUGUUUAACGCGGGGUCAUAAAUGACUUCCUCUGGUGUCCAUCCGCUGAGAUAGCUGGCUGGCUUCUCCCGCUGCCAAAACGCUUCACCCCGGACUAGUGACUGGUCAUCCUCCGCUAGCUAACAGUAGCUAGCACAGCGAGCGCGCUAGUCGGAAUAAUACUGUGGGGAAACAAAAGCGGAACAUCCACCCGUCUAAAUGGACCACAUGUCCAUCAUAACACAAGUUUCCAAUCCCAAGGAGGAGGAAAUAAUAUCCUUCAACCAGGAAAAAGCGUCACAGUCCAACAACAGCUUGAAGAAGCAAAGGAGUCGAAGCAUCUUCAGCACAUUCUUCUGCUGCUUCCGCAACUACAAUGUUGAGCCUCCGGCCUCAAACACCGCAACUAGCGCCCUGCCUCCACCAGUAGAGGAAAAUGGAUCUCCUCCUAAGUGUGACCAGGUCGAAGUCAUCCCUGUCCCUUGUCCACCAGCCAAACACCUCCUGCCAGAGAUGAAAAUAUCUGACUACGGUAAAAAGUGUGUUGUGAUCGACUUGGAUGAAACACUCGUACACAGCUCUUUCAAGCCCAUCAGCAACGCAGACUUCAUUGUUCCUGUGGAGAUUGAUGGUACAGUUCAUCAGGUGUAUGUGCUAAAGCGACCUCACGUUGAUGAGUUCCUCCAGAAGAUGGGCGAGCUCUUCGAAUGCGUGCUCUUCACCGCAAGUCUGGCGAAGUACGCCGACCCUGUGGCCGACCUGCUGGACCAGUGGGGCGUGUUCAGAGCUCGGCUCUUCCGAGAGUCCUGCGUCUUCCACAGAGGAAACUACGUGAAAGACCUCAGCCGACUCGGACGAGAGCUCAGCAACGUCAUCAUCGUGGACAACUCACCUGCCUCGUACAUCUUCCACCCAGAGAAUGCUGUCCCUGUCCAGUCCUGGUUUGAUGACAUGAAUGACACCGAGCUCCUGGACCUGCUGCCUUUCUUCGAGGGCCUCAGCAAAGAGGAGGAGGUGUACGGAGUCCUGCAGAACCUCAGAAGCAGGUAGCAGGAUGAGCGCUGUGGCGUCGCCCAUGCUCUCCACCUGCCUCCGCGUCGACCUCGGACCUCUGGACGCCCGCAAGUCUCUCAGACUCAGGCAGACCCCUUCAUGUGCCACUCUUAUCUUCGCCCCAGGAGGGUGCCCUGAAGUCUCACUGUGGAAUCCCCUCCUGGCCCCCCUCUACAGUCCCCACGUCCGGCUGCCUUCGGAGUGCCAUCGGACUUACUGUCAAAGGAGUGCGAGUCUCCACAUCUGGACUCGUCCAGAGUCACACCCAGGACUAGGAAAGAGAAACCAACUCUGGUCUUUAUUUUCAAACCUACAAAGUUUUAAUAUUUGGAAAAAAAAGUGCUCAAAGCCAAAAACAACGUCAAUAAUCAGAGACCGAGUCCUCAACUUGAUGCUAUGCAGGUCUCUGCUGGUGGGCGGACUCGGCUUUCUUACAGGAUCAAGUGCCUUGUGUGAAUCGUUUUCUAUCUCAGCUCCGACCUGUUCACCUGCUUCCACAUCAAGUGGAAACACAACUGUCAUUUUUUUUUUUAUUCAUAACUUACAGCGUGUCGAUAGUGACCUUCAUAACCCCUCCCUCCACCCCCCUCAACCUGUGAGUCUUUAUGCCACAUUUUUUUGCUAGCUCUGCAUUUUUUUAGCCUCGGCUUUGUCUAGAUUUUGUUUUCUCCAUCUGACGUGCAGCAGCACUGGCUCUUCUCUCCUGACACAAUGUUGCAUUUGCGCGUUGCUCUGCGCCUCCAUGGCAACACUAGGAUUGUGGUAACACCAAGUAAUGCUGUGAAACUGCAAAUCUCUACUGACAUGUGGAGCAUUACAGCUUGGCGAUGGAAAUAAUCCGAAGUGUCGUUCAGUAACCGGCCAGCAAGUACAGGACAGGUGUGAUGAACAGAAGACUUAAACUGCACAUGUACUUGGUGAGGUUUCAUGCAUGUUCUCCCCACUGUUGUGUUGAUCUAAAUUUACACUCUUCACUGCAAAUUUGUCUAAUGGGGUGUUGUUGUGUUGCCAUAGAUACGUGGCCGAACCUGUCCAUCAUUCUAAUAUUGUUGUGACUUGACGUCACGAGAGAAAGAGCUUGAGACGCAGAGUUCUUCUGAGCGUACCUGCUGUGGCGUUCCCACCGUGAGCUGCCAAAUGUUAUUUUUAGAAGCUUCAUAUCUUAGACCUUUUUAUCAGUUACAGGUGUCAAAUUUCCGCUAAGAAUUUCAUUCAGUUUUCCUGCUCGCACUCGUGAUUGGGAGAAGCUUGUUGCCAGUCUGUGUGUCAAACUGAAGUGUCACUUGGGUUUUAAAGUCGGGGUGCCAUGCUUUUAUUAUGGAAAGAGCGGUAACAGAACCAGUCUGACGCACAAGUCUCUGGUUCACCACCGGUAGAUGUGUUUGUCUCUCUCUGUGACCCUGUGUGUGUGUGUGUGUGUGUGUGUGUGUGUAUGUGUGCGUGUGUGUGGUUUUAACCUUCCCAGACUCUUCACCUCAGUGCCUAUGUUUGAGGAGCCAAGCAACCAAAUGCUGUAACUUUUGCUCUCACGGCAAUAAGCAGUUGAGAUGUGGGCAGUGGGACCGGACCAGGCCUUCGACUUGGUCUCAGUGAAGCUUUGAUCAGACUCAAUAAUCCCAUUAUUCAAGUAACCGCUCGAGCCGUCACUGCAUCUCCUCAGUAAAGGUUUAUGAAUGUGUUAUAACAGUGUAACGAUCACACCAGCUUGGUGACUGAUAAUGGCUCACUAUUUGGUGGCCAGUGUGUACACGUGCUGCUGUCUGUAUUCAAUUCCAAAAUUGAAAUGACCUCGGAAACAUUUCACCUUCAGUAAAUAAUUGAUGGUUUCUAGAGAAAUAAAAAAAACAAUUCUAUCAGGAGUAUAUUGUCAAGAAAAAGUUAAAUAAAAGGGAAUUCUGGGAAUUAUAGAUUAAGAAAAAUAUAUAUUUUGUGAUACAAAAUUAAUUUCAAACAUAAAAUAAUUUAAUUUCAUUUUUUAUAAUUUAUUUGUGAUUUCUGAGGAAAGUAUAGUAAAAUAUGAAAAGUACCAUAAAUGCAAUGUAUUAUUUUAAGGAUGUCUUAUGAAACAUGAGUAAAUGUUGAUAAGAAACGUCUUAUAAAGAAUUAGCAGUGUGAUAAUGGUGACAUUACUGUGAGCCGUCGUGUUUUAAAGGAUUGAAUUGCAUGUAUCCGACAGUAAAAAGAUACAGUUUGUGGUCCCGUGUGCAGUGUAGUGGCCAAAUAAUGAGCCUGAAAUGUAAAGACGGAUGGUCACUGUUAUAAAGGAUGCAUACACUCUUACUGAGGAGCCCAAGUGUUGGUGGGUCAGCGCCACCCUGGAAGAGGGCACGGCAUCAGAGGUCAUUCCUGCACAGCUGCUGUGAUCAGUCCAGUUUUUGGAUCCGGAUGGUCCGACUUAUCUAGGAUCAGAACUCAGUUCCUUUUUCUGGCAUGGAAGCAUUUCUGCCCACAGAGACCCGAGUCUCCCCUUGUACUCCCCACCAUCCUGUUUUUGUUAGUAUAUUUUGUAGAAUUCUCUUCCUCCAAGAAUGGGUGCCAUCUCACUGUCGGACUCUUGUUAGUGGACCUCUGCUGCUCCCUCACGUCCUCGGCUCUCUCAAGCAUUUGAACGUCUGGUUUUGGUUCGGGCAGUGCAAUGUCCUUUUCUACCGAAUGGACUUCUGAAAAUGUUUUGAUAUUUUUCUACCUAUAUCGUCAGUAUUUUUGGGGUGAAAGUUCCUUUAUUAUUCAUUGAUCCUGCUUUGUUUCUUCACAAUGUUGUGGGUGGGAAUACUUAGUCAGGUCCGGUUCUUCCUGUCGGGGCAUCGGGUCACUCACACCAGCAUCUUUCAGUUCUGGUCACAAAUGUUUUGGCUUUGAUUUUACUCUCACUGUUUCUCUGGCUAGUUGAAUCCUGUUAUCACUGAUUUGGGGCGUUCCACUUGAUUUUUUUUUUUUCUCCUUUAAUAGCUAUAAUAACUUUACAGCUAUUUUUUUCGGCUUCUGGAGUUCAGGCAUCAACUUGUCUACAUAUGCGACUUUUUUUUUUCCAUAAUAAAAAGCUUCAUUGAUAUG